AUGGACUUCUUUGGCUAUCCAGUUUGUAAGGAAGAGUAUGCACAGAGACUUAGAGAGAUGAUUGCUGAGAAGACAGCUUUUGUAGUCAGCACUACCUACUGCUCUUAUUGCAAUAAAGCAAAGUCUCUCCUAGAUAGAAAUAAGAUUGAGCACAGUGAGAUUCUUCUAGACACACUUAAUGCUAAUGAUCAGAUGGAAAUCUCAAAUUGCAUUUACGGCAGAAAUCCCAGAUAUGUCCCAAUAGUUUUCUUAAAAGGAGAGUAGAUUGGAGGAUAUGGUGAACUUAUGCAAAUGUAAUCAGACGGGUCCCUAUAGUCUAAGUUUGGUCCCAGUGCUGAUAUUGUCUGA